GUUUGAAGACUCUUAUUUUGAAACUUAAAAUUUAGCGCUUUAGGUUUCUUAUCUUGAAGUCCGCGAGCGACCUCCUCUUCCCGGAAGCGAGCUCCCAUCAGCUGGCGCUCCAUCCCCCGCUGUUGUCUGCGUGUGUUGGGGGUUGUCAGACUGACGGAAGGCUUUCAGUUCAUCCGUUUUGAGUAACAUUCCCCUAGUUUGUUUGGCAUGUAACUCUCAGAAGACACAAAGUUUUACCAUGCAGAUCCUCACCCCUCAUGUCUACUGGUCUCAGCGGCACGGAGAGAUUUAUCUCCGGGUGGACCUGAGCGACGCGAAGAAUCUCGAAAUCAGCUUGCAAGAAAACAACACGCUCCAGUUCAGAGCACAGGGCCAUGGAGCUAAAGGAGUUAAUGAAUACAAGUUCAGUUUGGAGUUCUUGGAGCCUGUUAGACCUGAGAUCAAGCAUAAGUCCACCCAGCGUCAGGUGGACAUCAAGAUCAAGAAGCAGGAGGACCGCUGGUGGAACCGGCUGACCCUGCAGGGGAAGAAGCCUCUGUUUCUGACCCCGGACUUCGACCGCUGGCUGGACGAGUCUGACGCAGAGAUGGAGCUUCAAGCUAAGGAGGAGAAGAUCAACAAGAUAAGUGUCGAGUCAAGAGUCCGUAAAGACCCCUACCUCGGGCUGAAGAAAGGAUACCUGUUCAUGUACAACCUGGUGCAGUUCUUGGGGUUUUCCUGGAUCUUUGUCAACAUGACGGUUCGACUCUUCAUUCUGGGUCAAGACUCGUUCUACGAUACCUUCCACACCACGGCCGACAUGAUGUAUUUCUGUCAGAUGUUGGCCGUGCUCGAGGUCAUCAACCCCUUGUUGGGUCUGGUUAAGAGCGGCUUUUUUCCUGCUAUGUUACAGGUGGCCGGGAGGAACGUCAUUCUGUUUGUUGUCUUUGGCAGUCUGGAGGAUAUGCAGAACAAACCCGUGGUUUUCUUCGUGUUCUACCUGUGGAGUACCAUUGAGAUCUUCAGGUACCCUUUCUACAUGCUGGCCUGCAUCAGCACUGAGUGGAAGCUGUUAACGUGGCUGAGGUACAAUCUCUGGAUCCCGCUCUACCCGCUGGGAGGUGUGGCUGAAGCCGUGGCCGUGAUCCAGUCCCUGCCCAUCUUCGAUGAGACGCGUCUGUUCAGCUUGCCCCUCCCCGCGCUCCUGGGACACUCUUUAAGCUUCUCCUACACUCUGCGUGUCUACCUGGUCCUCAUGUUCCUGGGGCUUUUCACCAAUUGCCGCCACCUGUACAAGCAGAGGAGGAGACGAUACCGCACGAGGAAACCGAAAGUCCAGUAAAUCGUCAGUUUGUUUUCGAACACACUCUGACGUGCCGUCCCCUUCAAGAUUAAGCUGCUGUUUAUUUUCCUUUUUCCUUGCCUUUCCUUAACUUCCUACACACACACACACAUUGACCUGCUGUUGGAGUACUGUUCCCCUCAUUCCUCCACUGGGUGAACUUCUCCAGUCCAAACCCUGUAAAUCCUACUGAACGGAGGUCACCUGAAAACACUGCCGGUUGAUCCAGUGCUUUACUCUCACCACGUUUAUUCUAUUAUCAAUGUUCGUAUUUAUCAACUUUUUGAUAUUAUAUAAUUCUAUUUAUAUAAUUGUUUUUUAUUCUGUUGAUUUACUUGUUCCUUUAAAUGCAAGAGUGCUCUCUUAAUGAACAUCCAGGAGUAAUUAGUUUUAGAGUCGUAGAUUAAGGAAACGAUAUCUGUGAACAAACACGCCGCAACAGAUCUGCCAUUUCCACUUUAUUUAGAUUGUUCACAUGAGUUCAGGUUAUUUUCGCAACCUGUUCUCACUCACGACUCCUCAAAAACGGUCUCGUGGCCGGAGGAGUUAUGACGGGAGUGGAGAGAAAUGACACUCGACCAAGCAAGUCCACAUAGGGAGCAGGUCGGGGUGGAUGGAUGAGUCAAGCUAACACAGGACUUUAACCCAGGAGACCGCUGUUUGUGUUUGUGUAGGCUUCUUUUAACGUGCGUGACAUGAUUUACUUCACGUAACUUAAGUUAUGUAACUUAAGCAACAGACAUACUUACUUGAACCCAAGCCCUGGUUCUUUUCCUAAACCCAUCAACACAGUUUUGUUUGGAAACAAACCCGUAACCGCAUGUUGAAUUCUGAUGGACUGUCCUCCAUGUUGAAGUCUGAUGGACUUUCCUCCAUGUUGAAGUCUGAUGGACUUUCCUCCAUGAUGAAGUCUGAUGGACUUUCCUCCAUGAUGAAGUCUGAUGGACUUUCCUCCAUGAUGAAGUCUGAUGGACUGUCCUCCAUGUUGAAGUCUGAUGGACUGAAAAAUGAUGCUCCUCUAUCUGUGAAUUUGGAGUACACUGCUUUUGUUUAGAAUGCAAGAAACGAGCAAAUCCAGGUGAUCUGAGGUGUUUGCUUGUUUUCUUCAGGGAUUUGUUGUGUGAAAAACGGCCCGUAAACAACGUGUUUAUCUUGAGAACGUACUGUAUUUAAAAUCGCCUUGAGUUUAAAAAUGGUUCCUGCUCCCGACUGCAUGCAGACGCAACGAUCAAGCGAAGCGAUUUGGAACUUGUGGAUUUUUGUAAGAAUCCGUCUCCGGCGAUGUCGAGUUGUGAAGCGAACACGACUUUUAUGGUUCCAGAAUCGACAGAUAUUAUUUCAGAGGCCUUUUUGCAUGAAAACACCGUCUCUUCACUACAACCCGUUUUUAUUCCGAACACUGCCACUUGGAUGAAGCGGUCAUUUAUUUAACUUCUGUGAAUUUUAGUAAACUGUGCAAAUUACUGGAGACGUAAAUAUACAUUUAUUUAUGUUCCUGACACAACUCACACAUAACUCUCUGUUGGUAACCUGCGACACGCGGUGAUGCUUAUACCUCAUGAUGUGAAGUUAGUACUGUCAUGUUAAAAACUUCAAAAAAUAUAACUGAUUGUUAAAAACUGAAUUAAGUUAAAUUAUUUGAGAUCAUUAGUCUGAGAUGUUUACAGCAGACGGGAAAAAGACGAGUGAGUUGAGGUUCAGACAUUCGAUACCUGAUGCAAACACUUCUCGAUUCUUUCUAUGAAACAUAAUCUUACUAAACCAUCAGAAAUAUUCUACUUAUUGUUGGUAAAAAUGCAAAUACACUGUUCAAUGAAUAUCUUGGGCUCGAUUUAUAUUUAACUAGAAUGGGCACUCAGUAGAGCGCAUACCUUCGCAUAUCACAAGAUUGGGCAUUGAAUUAUGAACAUGUUGGCAUUAGUUGCAUGCCAAUUGGAUACAAAUUGACCGUGCUAUGGUAAAAAGAAGAUAUUGACCUUUUUAUGACCUUGACCUUUGACCCGAUUGAUCCCAAAAUCUAAUCAAAUGGUCCCCGGAUAAUAACCAAUCAUCCCACAAAAUUUCAUGCGAUUCGGUUUAAUACUUUUUGUGUUAUGCGAGUAACACGCAUACAAAUAAAUAAAUACACGGCGAUCAAAACAUUACCUUGCGCAUUGAACAUUACCUUGCGCAUUUUCAAUGCGAAGGUAAUAAACCUAAUUUAGGGGAUAAUUUGUAUUUCUUUACCCUCAAAUAUUGAUAUCUGUAUCGACGUCAUAACAUCCGGUAUUGGUUUGGUACAUAUAUUUUUAAAUGUAGUUUUCAAGGAGCAGCAGCUUCUUAAAACGUCUUAACAUUACAGGGAACUCUCGUGGCUAAAUGGACAGAUGUAACUUGAUUUUAGCAGUAAAUGUUAGUUUUAUAAAGAAUCUUUUGAUUUGAUGGUUAGUUCCAUGUGAAGCCCACUUGGCCCAAACGUUUUGUUUUCUUUGUCUAUUCCAAGCUGUUCACCUUUUGAGCCUUCUUGUUUGUUUUAUAUUUAUUUGUCUUGACUGAAGUUUUUGAUUCAUUUGUUUCAGAUUUCUAAGUAAGUAUGGGAUUGAUGUGUAAUGGACAUGCAGCUUGAUUUAGACGUUUUAAACCCAAAUUCAAACUUGAUUGUGUGUCACACUUAGGGUUUCCUGACAAAAUAAACAUCAGAGUUCCUA